AUGAGGGUUUUUAUUUAUCUGCUUCUGGCAUUGCACGCCUCGGCAUUGCCGGCGAUUCUGCCAGACCCAUCCACAGGACCUGGGUUGCCCACCAAGACCAGCGCCCCGUUGGAAAAAAGGGCCAAGAAGGUGAUCGUCAACAAGGACUAUGCCAACCAGAUGAAAAACAAAGGGGCCACCCCAGACACCUCGUCUGAGGCACCGGCCCCCUGGAUCCGCACAAUCUACGGCACGAUCCCAGAAAUCGUCACCCCAACAGUGAUCGCUGGAAUCACCUUCAGCGCAAAGCCUCCCGCCCAAACCGACGGAUUGGAGCCUUGGGUGUCGUUGAAAAAAGACGGGUCUCCAAAAACCAUCAGACCCAAGAUAAAGAACGGGAAAACCCAGAACGCCCGCCCUGACUAUAGCACAUACUUCCAAACCGCAUCUACCGUCACCUACAACAAGGAACAGCUUAAGGCGCACAACAUGGCCCCGGAUCAGGUUUUCACAGAGGUGAUCUGGGAACCUGAAGAUGACACCUACGUGUCGCUGAACCCACUAAUGAGAUGCACUCCGAACUCGUACUACAAGAAGGGUCUUGCUAAGGAUUUGAGCUCGGAGCCGUUCUGCUCGCCGCACGAAAACCAGAAGCUGCUGGCUGGUAGAACAUACUUUUUAACGUGGUUCACCCGGUUCUUCCCCGAGGCUGAGAAAGUGCGUAUCCACUAUGCAUUCUUGAAAGAGGCGUCCAGAGACGCUGGUAUGGUGAAAAGAGGCCUGGUUGAUCUGGACGAUUUGGGGGCCCCUGUGAAACCUAAACCAAAGAACAUUGUGCCUUCGCAGCAACACAAGGGACUCAUCCCAGGAGCCUUCUUCACGUCCGACUGGAUACCGAACCUGGACGGGUACUUCCCAAUAGAGGUCGACAACGAGUGGCUCGGCGACAAGCAGAGCAAGGCCAUUCUUGUGGCUGUGCAGCCUGACAACGUGGACGACGACGAGUUCGACCUGAUCAAGUCGCACCACGUGACGGUUCAUUUCCAAAGACGUGCCACGGUCGCGAAAAACAGCAAGGUCGACAAGGAGCUACAGGACCGCACAGGAACAAACGACGACGUGUAUUACAUCAUCAUGUCUGUUCCUACGGUUGUGGUUCUUGCUGUGCUUGGAAUGUAUUUAUUCCUCUACUUGAACCGCAAGCACAGAGACUUCUCGCACAUCCGCAAGCCUAAACGGAGUCGGUUUGGAAACCAAGGAAAGUACAACCAGGUUAUUGCCGAGACAGACAUUAGAAAGCCUAAUAAGCAGGUUUAA